GACUGAAGAUAAAGUGAAAGGAGAAACAGGGGGAAGAGAAAGUAGGUGAUAGGAAGAGGAGGCAUCGAGGAGGAAGAAGAGUGGAGUCGAGUCGAGAGGAGGAGUGAGAGGAGGAGGACGAAGAGGAGAGAGCGAAGGGCUGCAGAAGGCUGGCCAUGAGUCUGUGUGCCGUGUUGUUUCUCUGUCUCUCCCAGGCAGAACUUGCCAGAGUAUGGAGCCAAGAGGUGUCAGGUCCUCUGUCUGGACAGUCGGUGACCUCACAUGGAGGUGCAUCAGAUGUCCAGAGAGUCAGAAGAGAGCAGCAGGAGUCGGAUGGAAGUACCCAGAACAGAACCAGCCAGGAGGCGAAUACAGGCCUGGCCAUCGACACACUGACUAAAGUGGUGGAGGACUCGAAGAGGUAUUACGCGCAGCAGAGCUUCGGCCCGGGCGACCGACGGACCCCCGAGCUUUGGGUGGAUCUGAAUUCGGUCCAGCAGGCUCAAGUCAGAGUCCACGGCAUCCUGUCCAACACGCACCGACAAGCAGCGCGGGUAGCUCUGUCCUUCGACUUCCCCUUCUACGGACACCAAGUGAGGCAAAUCACCAUAGCAACAGGAGGGUUUAUUUUCACCGGUGAGGUUACACAUCGGAUGCUGACAGCCACCCAGUACAUCGCACCACUCAUGGCCAACUUUGACCCCAGCUUCUCCAGAAAUUCCACCGUCCGCUAUCUAGACGAUGGUCAGUUGUUUGUGGUGCAGUGGGAUAAGGUGAGGCUGCAGGGCCGAGAGGGAGAAGGAGCCUUCACCUUCCAGGCCGCUCUGUAUCGCAACGGAACCAUCAUCUUCGCCUACAGAGAUGUUGCUGUACCUGUAGCGAAGAUCAACUCCACUGAGCACCCUGUAAAGGUCGGUCUGUCUGAUGCCUUCAUGGCCUUUAUUAAUUCCCAGCAAUCUCCAGAAUCCAAACGGAGAACAAUCUACGAGUACAACAGGGUUGAGGUCAACACCACUGAGAUCGUAAACCGAUCUGCGUUCAUGUUCAGUCCACUACCUAUCUGCCUCCAACACACCAGCUGUGACCAGUGUCUCCACUCCAACCUCACUUCAGGCUGCGGAUGGUGCAACGUCCUGCAGAGGUGCUCGGAUGGGAUAGACAGACACAGGCAGGAAUGGUUGGACUACGGGUGCUCGGAGGAGGCAAAGGACGCCGUUUGUGAAGACUACAAUCAUGGAGGUACGGACAGCUCCAUGAACCCAUACAGCACGUCUUUUUCCGCAGCCACGCCACCCCCCGCAGGCCGGCCAGGCAGCCCUGCUACUGAGGACGACACCAAAGUCCUCUUUCACCAUCAUGACAAUGAUUUCGGGAUCGGUUCUUCUGACGAGGAGGAACCGCCAGAACACACAGCGAUUAUCGCAGGAGUCGUGGCGGCGCUGGUUCUGCUGGUCUUCCUGACCCUGCUGGCGGUCUACUACAUAAACACACACCCCACCGUUGCCCCUCCGUUCUACCUCAUGCAGCGCCGCACCAACAACUACUGGACCUCCAUGAAGUUCCGCAACCAGGGCUGCCACUCCAGCUACGCCGAGGUCGAACUCGGCUUUCACGAAAAGGACGGCUUUAUCGAGGCGGAGCAGUGCUAAUGAGACCGGACUUCCUCUAGAAACCAUCCUUUUAAACACAAAAAAGACAAUAACGGCGGUGAACGGACAACCAAGACUUACAAGCUUUAUCAUGCAACAUGCAAGCUUUUUCCUCUUUUAUUAAUGAACUGCGAAUGUUAACGGCUGACAUGAUAGCUAUUCUUUUUGCCAAGCAGAAAAAGUGGCACAGGCAUUUCCCGGCAAUUAAUGUAUAGUACCAUAGAUUUUCGUUUUGGUAUUUUGUGUUUUAUAAUGUUUUGUGUUCGUCGAGGAUAAGUAAUACUCAGUUAGCCACAUGGACUGGACUGCACUUUAAAUGUUUUAUCUGAAUAGUAAUAUCGAUAUGAUGCUAUCUGAUUUCAUUUGACUUUCCUUAUUUAGCAUAUUCAAAAAGUACAUACACUGAUC